CUUCCGGUAAAUCGUCUAGCCUAUUUUGGAAUACUCUUCAUAAAAAAGGAAACCGAUAAACUAUGGACAAAAAGGUAGUACAACGUCGUGUUGGAGGGCGUCACAAUAGAGGCGGUGGCCGACAAAGUCGUCGAGGACGUGGACACGUGAAUACGAGACCGGUAGGGCCAUCUGUCAGCGGAAGAAAAAGUGGUGCUAGUGCAUAUGAUGAUGAUGACAUUUAUGACGCAUACGAUGAUGAUGGACCCGAUUCAGAGUUUUCAGAGUCACCUCUCCCUCCCUUAGGAAAUCAGUUUGCUGCCAGAGGAGUUCCGUCCUUCAUUGGUAGAGGCCGUGGUUCAUUUAACAAGUCUAGUGCCAGUGGUGGUGGCUGCAUUGACAGUUUUCCUCCAAGAAGGAGUAAUCCUGUUAAAGUCACCAUGCAACAUCUGCACAUGAGUUCAGAGAACCAAGAGCUUGUUAAGGGGAUGUUGAAAGACUUACAUGGUGCUGAUGAUGAGGAAAAUGAUGAUGCUAUUUCAAGUGAAGAAGAAUAUGAGGAGUCUGACUAUAGAGCAGAGAGUCAGUAUUGGAUUGUGAACAAUCAGCUGAAGUUGGCAGACGCUGCAGUGCACGACUCUGGUGUGACAGGCAAUGAAGACACCUCCAAUGUUAGCGCACUAGCCGUUAGGAAACUGACAAGAUAUGGCUUUGAUAAGCAGCGUUGUACUGAAGCGCUCCAGGUGUGUGACGGUGAUCUUGGUUUGUCGCUGGAGUACCUGCUAGCAGAGUGUUUCUCAUUGGUGACAGUCGCAUGCACUGAUGAAGCAGUUGCUCUGGAGGUCCAAGAAUUACGGACCGAGGAAAUGUUUGCUCUUCAGGCUAUAUAUGAAGAUAAGUUCAUCGAAAGAAUCCCUAACAAAGUGUGGAUUAUCAAGCUGGAUUUAUCAUACCUUGAUAAAAUUGUGCAACCAAAGCGUGAAGAAAAGGAAGUUAAGGAAGAGAAAGAAAAGACAAAGAAAGAGAUUCUUGUGUGUAGAUUUUAUUUGAAAGGUUUCUGUAAAUUUGGUAGAAAAUGCAGAAUGAUACACAGUGUACCUGUGGAGAAAAGUAAAGAAAAAUUGCCACAUAUAGAGGAAAAAACAUAUCUCAAUAGUGAAAUCGAAGUACGGUUUCCCAAUGGAAAUUUGUAUCCAAAGGAACCACCUUAUGUUGCUUUCUCAACUACAAAUCAUUUCAUCGAAAAACAUGUCUGUUUGAAUAUCACAAAGAGAAUGAUGGAGGAAGCUAAAAGGAUGGCUGAAAACGAAGAGCCCUCCAUUUUCACAAUAGUUAGUUUGUUAGACAAUGAUAAGUUAAUUGAUGAGGUGAUAACUGAACAACCACAUGAGUUUUCAGUGCCAGUUUCCCUUCCAGCCUGGGUUAAAAAAGAUGAUGAAAUUACUCAGGGUAGUUCAUUUGUUACUCAGAUUAAUAGCAGUGUCCAGGAAAAGCCUGAUAAUAUUUCUGAUGCAAGACUAGCAGCGGCUACUGAUGCUAUGUUGAGAAUGACAGAAUAUGAACCUACCACUGAAGAAAACCUUGAAGCCAACAAGGUGGAAGUGAAAAGAUCUGUUAGCAAGGAGUUCAUAAAGAAGGCUAAUCCUGCAGAAAUAUUGAAGUCCAACAGGAAGCUUAUUGAAGAUUUCAAGAAGAAAAAGACCAGUGUUAAGUACAAAAAAAUGCUUGAGGGGCGUCAGAAGUUGCCAGCCUGGGAUAUGCAGGUGGAAAUCAUGAAUGUUGUCAAUAGCAACCAGGUAGUGGUUAUCAGUGGAAUGACGGGAUGCGGCAAAACCACCCAGGUUCCCCAGUUCAUCAUGGACCAGUACCUGGGCCUUGACGACCUUCACCUCUGUCACAUCCUGUGCACUCAGCCGCGACGUAUCUCCGCCAUAGCAGUGGCCGAGAGGGUGGCUGAAGAACGGGCAGAUAACCUGGGUAGACUUGUCGGUUACCAGAUCAGAAUGGAGAAAAUGCAGUCAUCUUUCACCCGUCUGCUGUUCUGCACAACAGGAAUCGUGCUGCGACGUUUAGAAGGGGACACCACUCUUGAUGGUAUCACACAUCUCAUUAUCGAUGAAGUUCAUGAACGUUCAGAAGAAAGUGACUUCCUGCUGAUGUAUCUGCGUGACAUGUUGCCACGACGACCAGAUCUCAAGGUCAUACUGAUGAGCGCGACCCUGAAUGCCCAGCUGUUCUCUCAGUACUUUGGAGGCUGUGCCAUCCUAGAUAUUCCUGGCCGCACAUUUCCAGUGGAUCAAUACUUUCUGGAGGAUGCAGUUGAAUUUACAAGGUUUGUGAUGGAGGACUCCAGCCCCUAUGCCCGGCCCCUGAAGCACAUGAAUGCUGUCCAGAAGGGUGUGGCCCAGGAGGAGGAGAGGUCAUAUGAACCAGGGGAUGGCCCCGCCCACAGGGCCAGUGAUAGGGUCCAGGAUCAGAACCUGUCAGUGAAACAACUCUACUUGAGAUACCCAGACUAUCAUAAGUCCACCGUUAAGAGUAUAGCCAUGAUGGACCACACAAAGAUCAACUUUGACCUAAUACUGGAGCUGCUGGGGUGGAUUGUGCAGGGAGACCACUCUGUUGUGGAGGACGAGUUUCCAUCCGAGGGAGCUAUUCUUGUGUUCAUGCCCGGCUACGCGGAGAUUCAGACCCUCUAUGACAUGCUUCUGUCUAGUCCAGUGUUUGGCACAAGAAACAGGCAUAGGUUCAAGAUAAUUCCUCUUCACUCAACCCUGUCGUCCGAGGAACAACAUGCAGUGUUCUCAAAGCCGCCUCGUGACGUCACGAAGAUCGUGAUUGCCACUAACAUAGCGGAGACAUCCAUCACUAUUGACGAUGUCUGCUUCGUCGUAGACGCCGGCAAAAUGAAAGAGAAAAGGUACGAUCCAACGAAGGGUAUGGAGAGCCUAGACACCGUUUGGGUGUCCCGCGCAAGUGCACUGCAGCGAAAGGGACGUGCCGGGCGUGUCCAGAAGGGCGUGGCAUUCCACCUGUUCACCAGUCACAGGUUCGAGCACCAUCUACAAGAACAGCCGAUACCAGAAAUACAACGGGCUCCUCUUGAGCAGAUUGUUCUAAGGAUCCGAAUGUUAGACAUCUUCAAAACAACGCCGGUCUUACACGUGCUAGGGCAGCUCCCGGAACCGCCAGAUGAUGAGGCGAUCAGCGCCGCCGUCAAGCGUCUGGAGACGCUGGGGGCGCUCAAUGAACAAGGGGAGCUCACCCCGCUUGGGUACCAUCUGGGAACACUUCCGGUCGAUGUCAGGAUCGGGAAGUUGAUGUUGCUAGGUGCAAUCUUCCGUUGCCUAGACCCCGCCCUCACCAUCGCGGCCUGUCUCAGCUUCAAGUCACCAUUCCUCACUCCGUUCGGUAAAAAGCACGAAGCGACAGAAAAGAAGCUCGAAUUUGCGGCCGGUAAUUCCGAUCAUCUGACCAUGCUGAAUGCGUACAACGGCUGGUUGGAUGCGAGAAGGCGUGGUAACGCCGAGGCGUACCACUUCUGUCAGGACAACUUCCUGUCCAAGAAGUCACUAGAAAUGUUGUCGAGCAUGAAGCAGCAGUUCGUGGAGCUACUCUCCGAUAUAGGAUUUGUUAAGGAGGGCAUCGUUGCUAAGGACGCGGAGAGGGCAGCCAGGGAAGGGGGCGAUGGCGUUAUCGUGGUUACAGGGGUCGAGGCAAACCUGAACAGUAAGAACCGGAAGCUGGUAUCGGCCCUUCUUGUGGGGGCGCUGUACCCCAACAUCGUGCAGGUCCUCACCCCAGAACAACAGUACACGCGCACCGGCGGCGGUACGGUUGCCAUAGCACCUAAAGCUGAAGACAUUCGAUUUAAAACAAAACCUGAUGGCUACGUUAAAAUCCAUCCGUCGUCUAUCAACUUCCAAGUGCGCCAUUUUGAGAGCCCUUACUUAGUGUACCAUGAGAAAAUUAAAACAACAAGGAUCUUCAUCCGUGACUGCACAAUGGUGUCCAUGUAUCCCCUACUGCUGUUCGGGGGCGGUCAGAUAGGUGUGGACCUAGCACGGGGCCAGUUCAUACUCUCCGUGGACGACGGCUGGAUACGCUUUAUGGCGCAGUCACAUCAGAUCGCGGAGCUAGUUCGCGAGCUGCGUCUGGAGCUAGACCAGCUGCUGUCAGACAAAAUCCAGACCCCUCACAUGGACCUGUGCACGUGCCCCCGGGGGAGUAGGAUCAUCGACACCAUUGUGAAACUCAUCACCACUCAGUGACACUCUACCAUUGUGAAGAAACGCCCGUGUUCAGUUGUUGUGUGUGUGUGCAGUGUUGUUUUUUUUUUCAUUCAAAAUCGGGUCCGGUAAUCGGACCUAUUCCCAAUUGAAAAAAGUAUAUAUUUUUCCCAAAUUGGAGCUUUAAAUUCCCAAUGGAAGGUUUCAAAAAAAAAAUAAAAAAAAUAUAUCUCAAUAUUCUGUUCAUCUCCCAUCCAUAUAAGUUUAACCUUAGAAAAUAUAAUACUGGAUACACUAAUGUAUUAUCAAUUUUCAAGCGUUUUUAGCAAAACAACAACAACAUUAUUAUAAAUUUCCCAAUUUUAGUCAAAACGCCGCGAAUUUUCCCAAUCCAAAGAGACCCCGCCCAAUUCCCAAAACGGUGAAAAAAACACUGGUGUGUGCGUGUCCGGAAUCCAGCGGAAGACAUCAUCAUACAACGCAUUAACUCGUUACAACAGUUGUAAUGCAUCCUUGUGUAAAAGAAAACGUAUAGAAAGAACAAUUUGCGACUCUUCUGUAUUGCGUCAUCGGUGAAGAUAUGAUGGUGGGUAUACAAUUAGUGCUUGCUGUUUCUGCCGCAUCCAUGUGCCAAAUGUAUAUUUGUAUAUGAAUGAUAUUGAUGCUUGCUUUGUUGACAAUUGUUUAAGAGACAGACGGAUUACCAUACACUGUAUUUGAACCGAAUACAGAAAUGUUAUGUGUUGCAAACCUGCGUGUCAUACAAUGUAAGGGUUAUUUUUAUUAAUGUAGCAUAAAUGUCGACCUUUAUAAAAUAAUACCUCAUCCGAGUCCGAGAUUAUCACUUGUUUAGUUUAACAAACCAUUGGUUAUUGUGUACUUUCGAUACUACUUUAAAGUGAGAAUCUUUUGUCUCUGCUCAGUUAAAUGCUUUGCUGUAAAUGAGCAUAAUGAUGUGGCAUUUACAUACAUAAAAAGGCAUCGUUUGGUCGUAUAUUUGAUCUUACAUAAAUAAUAUGGUGGUGUUUAGCUGAAGUAAAUGAAUUUGUACUGUGUAUAUAAAUGAAUGCUAACUUAAGAAUAAUAGCCGUUUUUAAUACGAACAUUAUUUAUUUGUAUUUUCAUGUGCUCUGUUAAGUUAUUUUCAUUAUUUUGCGGCUUGUGAAUAUUAUACGUUUCUGUAGUCGUACUGUGAUAGAUGACUUCCAACUACGAUAAUAAAGUAGCUGAACAUA